GGCAGACCACGUUACUGUAAAUUAAAAAUCAGUAAAAAAAAAAAAAGAUAUAUUAGAAGCACGUAGGCCUACCUGUGCAAUAUAUAUUAUUUCUUAAUUAGCUUAAAACUUUUGUUCACAACGAGAUAGCUAACGUUGCUACGCUAGACGGUCCAACCGAUCCCUAGAUCCCAUCGAUGUCGUAGUAGAGUUGCAGGCUGUGCAGAAAGGUGGCUUACGCUCAAGCUCUGCUCCCACCCCGUCCACUGCAACCCGACACGGGACGGGACCAGGUCGGCUAGCUCAAUUAGCCAAGUUAGCCCUUCUAGUGCCUCGGGAGAAUCAAACCAGCACACGUCUCAACCGGACCUUUACAUCGCGGCGCUAGAGCUCCCGAGGAUCGAAGAGACAGCGGUCUGUGUGCGUGUCGUGUGAUAUGACACCACUGCAUGGUUACCUUAGAAACCAGAGCUCCACUGCAGACGGUGGACAUCAAGUUGGGUGGUUCUGGAAGAAUGGCUGCUCAGGUGGAGCUCCAGGCCGGGGAGGUUGGAAGGACGGGUCUGAGGGGUCGCAUGCACCUCAGUCCUCUGAUUGACUCCAGCAACAAGGGCCUCGGUGAGAGCAUUAUCAUGGACCCUACCAAACCUGCGCCUGGCCCAAAGCCCCGACUAACCCCAAAGCCCUUCGUCCUGGAGAGGAACACUACAAUCAAACCGAUACUGGCCCCUAAGCCCCACAACAAGGUCCACCGCGAGCCCACCCAGACUGUUGGCUACAAACCCGACCCUCCCACCCCCCCUAAGCCCCAGCAGUCCGCCGUGGGGUCCAAACCGAGGCCGGUGUCAACCAACCCUGGCCGCCCUUCCUCUACCGCAAAAAACUCUGCUAUGCCGAGCGCUGGGCAAACUACCAAGCCAGUGGUCCCUCCUUUCAAACCAGCACCUCCUCUCACUCAAGGGGACUUCCGCAAACCCACACCUCCUAAACCAGCACAACGUCAGAAAAGUGACGCAUCUGGAUUGUCCUUUUCAAGGAGCCCUAAAAAGUCCCCCGCAGCGGAGUGGUCCGGAACGACCAAGAAGGAGGAAGACAAAGACAGGAUAUACUCCCAAAGCCCAGCGGGGACAUCCAUGACCAGGGCUAAGUCGAUGGGAUUCCUCAAUCAACUCAGCCAGGAGGAGAAGCCGGAGGAAACCAAACCACAGUCGGUGGCCCUCCGACCUCAGCCCAGGGGCUCGCGGUCGAGGCCUGUGUCGGCCAUCUUCCUUCCCUCCUCUUCUCCGAACCCUGAGGCCCCAGUCCUUUCUCCCCGCUGGGAGGGGCGACGUCCCCUCUCGGCCGACCUCACAGCGAGGUUCGAGUCUGUCAACCUUUCACUGCAUCGCAAGAACCCACCGGUGGACAGCGAGGAGAACACAGAGCUGAGGAUGCCAACGAGCCUGGACAGAGCCUCCCGACCGGAGGGGGCCACACUGGCCUCUCGGGCUGCUGCCAAGCCCCUCCCCGCACAGACGGAGGGCAUUGAGAAGAAGAAGGUUGUGGAGGUCAAGAAUGAGGAGGAUGUGGCUGGGGCGUCCAGCAUCAAGAGACGCAUCAGUCUUCUCCUGGAUUCCUCCUCCUCCUCUUCUUCUCCUUCAACGGGGGCCAUUGACCAGGGUUCCACUCCUCAGCCAAUCGCAGAGCCAGAAGCAGCACCACCGGGUAUCAAGCAGCGGAUCAAAAAGCUGACUGAGGACGUACCCUCCGCCCCCAGUCCUCCGACUAAGCCAACGGUCAAGCCUCUGGACCUGACGACAAGGUUUAUAUCUGAAAGGUCGACCGACCUUUGCAGCCCCUCCCUCAGUGAACCAGAACAUUCUUUCAGGGCUGACCGAGAUCCUCAGCAGAGGGUCAAAGAGCCGGCUGUCCACCCUGGUGACCAGAAGAGAAAGACGGAGCCCGCUUCUCCCUCCGUCCCCGCCGGGUCGGACACGGGAACGUCCUCUAAAGACGGCCGACUCGGUGGCGAGACGCAGACGGUCCGGGCGUCGCUGUUCGAGUACAUGAUCGAACGGCGCAGCGUGCUGGUGGUGGAAGGCGACGACCACAAAGAGCCGGUCGCGGUUGCGGUCGGGUCCUCCGCCCCCCGAGUGCCCGCGGAGGACGACGGGACGCUGGUCACCGCCACGUACCGGGAGCCGGAGUCCCCCGCCGGCCUGCUGCGCGUGUCGCACUCCUUCGACACGGUGCCGGCGGUGGAGGGCAGCAGGGCAGUGAGCGAGAGCCUCCCGCUGGCGUGCCUGGAGGACAAGGCCAUGACCCUGCGCUCCCGCCGCUCAGACGUUGGCCGGGGGUCCGCAACGGCCAGGGUGGCGCCGGAGCACCAGGCGGCCCCCGUUCAGGGAGGGCCCGCCGUUGGCCUGGAGGUGCAGCCGCGUUACCUGAGAGUCGGAGCGCUGCCCAAGUGGAACGCCGCAGACACAGAGCAGGAGGACGGGGCCGGGGGUAGGCCAACGGCUCCGGAGGCGGAGGCGGAGGAAGCGGCCCCCAAGCGUCUUAAAAUGCUUGGGACGGACGACCAACCCAAACCCAAGGCGACGUACUUUGCACUGACGGGACAAAUACAGGAGGCUGUGAGUCCCGGGGACAGUGGGCUGGACAGAUGGUUCGCCAAGGCCGAAACCCUGCAGGACCCUCCUCCACUGCGGUCUGGGCCUUCGGCCUCCCAAGGGAGGAGCGUCCCAAUGAGGAACCCUUCGUUUGAGGAGGUUCUCGGGAAGAACCAAAGUCCGGUUCGGGAGCCGGUUCGGGAGCCGCCGUGGCCCAUGCAGGUGACUGACGAACGGAUGGUGGAGAUGGAAAGACAGAGGGAUCAGAGUUGGAAGGCUGAGAGGACGACGACCAGGACAGGCGAGCUGGAGAUGCUGAGGCAGGUGGAAAUAGAACGGCAUCAGCAUUUAGAAUUUGCCCGCAUGAAGGAGAGGCAGCGAGAGCUUGACCGGCAGCAGAAGCAGGCGUCGAUGGACAAAGAGCAACAGAGACUACGGGCUCUGGAAAGGGAGAAGCAACAACUCACCGAGAGAGAGAAGCAGCAGGAUUUGGAAAAACAGAGAGAGGUGGAGAGAGAGAGACAGCGCAACCGGGAUAGACAAAGGGAGCUUGACAAGGAGAAGAAGCAGCUGGAGAUUCAGUGGGAGCGUCAGCAGCACGACAAAGAUUUGGAGAGGAUCAAGGAGAUGGAGAGGAGAGAGUUAAUGGAGUUUGAGCGACAGCAGCAGGCGGAAAGGAGACAGAAAGAGAAGGAAAAGAGGAAGCAAGAAGAAGUGAACAAAAUCCGACAUGCUGCCAUACAACAACAAGAAGAGAGACGGAGAGAACUAGAUAGACGGAGAGAGACGGAGAGACAGAGAGACCUCGAGAAGGAGGUAGAGAGACAGGGGGAGAUAGAGAAAGAGAGACACAGGGAGAUUGAGCGAGAGCUCCAGAGGGAGGCACAGAGACUGGGGGAGCUAGAGAGACUGAGAGAUCUAGAGAAAGAGAGACAGAGGGAGACAGAGAGACAGAGGGAGCUGGAGAGACAGAGGGAGACAGAGAGACAGAGGGAGGUGGAGAGACAGGGAGAGAAACUACGGCAGGCUGCCAUACAGCAAGAAGUAGAGAGAAUGAGGGAUCUAGAGAGACAGAGGGAGACAGAGAGACAGAGGGAGCUAGAGAAAGAGAGGGAGCUAGAGAGACACAGGGAGCUAGAGAAAGAGAGACACAGGGAGCUAGAGAGACACAGGGAGCUAGAGAAAGAGAGACACAGGGAGCUAGAGAGACAGAGGGAGCUAGAGAGACAGAGGGAGCUAGAGAAAGAGAGACAGAGGGAGCUAGAGAGACAGAGGGAGCUAGAUAAAGGGAGACAAAGGGAGCUGGAGAGACAAAGAGAGGUGGAGAGACAGAGGAAAUAUGAUUUUGAGAAGGAACAUCAGAAGCAGCUGGACUAUGAGAGACGGGAGCUGGAGAAACAGAGUUUAAAGCAGGAGAAGGAGAGGCGGCAGAAGACUGAGUUGGAGGCGGCGAUGGAGAUGGAGAGGCUUCAGCUCCUGGAGCUGGAGGAGAGGAAGAGGCUGAGGGAGAAGAGGGGGAGAGAGGAGGCCGAAAAACUACGGCGGGUCGCCAAGCAGCAGGAGUCGGAGAGGCAGAGGUUGACGGAGAAGAAGCGGAGGGAGUCUCAGGAGCAGCUCGCGCUGGACCCAUCGCCUCUCAGGCCCAGGGUCCUGGAUCUGGACUCUGCGUUACGAGACGACCCGUUUUCCAAAGCCCCUUCCCCCCAGCUCGACGCUGCGGCCCGCUGGAAACGCCCUUCCCCGAGAGCGGAGGAACCGUAUAAACCGGCCAUUCUGGACAUGGACUCCUUCACUUCACAGACCCAGCCCUCGCCCAGCAGAGAGGCCCCCCUCCAGUUCCCGGACCGCUCGCGGCCCCUCACCCCCGAGAGGGACGGUAUCCGCGACGUGCCACUGGACACCUUGAAGGGGCGGCUGAGCCCGGAAUGGGUGCCCUCCCCCCAGGACCCGUGGGAGCUGAUGCCCGCCAUGGAGAUGUCUGUCGACGUCCCCGCCGGACCAGACACCCCCAGGAGGGCGGCGGGCGGAACCAUCCUGGAGCAGCUGCUGUACCGGCAGGGGGAGCGCCGGCCGGCGGCGGAGAGGCGCUGGUCGGCUCUGGUGGACGAGCGCCCGCCCUCGGGCCACACGCUGCAGAGGGACGCCUCGGACUCGCCGGGGCCCGCCGGCCCGGAGCAGGUCUGGUUCCCCAGGGUGGAGGAGCCCCCCGCCCCCCGGGCAGAGCCCCGCAGCCAGAGGAGAUCACACGGGUCCAAGGAGCUGAACCGGCUGCGGUCCCGCAGCGUGUGCCGCCGCUCCGCCCCGCCGGAGGGCCCGGUGGAGGUCAGCCUGUCCAGGAUGAGGAGCCGCAGUGCCCACAGGGAGGGGGACCGUCCAGGCUGGGUGAAGCUGCAGCACCAGGGGUCUGGGGAGGAGGAGCUGAAGGACCCCGACACGCUGGUGCAGGAGUCGGACAGCCAGUACGGCACCUGGGAGACGGGCCUGCACACGGACGACAGCCUGACCCCGGCCACGCCCACUUCAGACGGCGCCCUCUCCCCUUCGCCAGGGAAGCCCUCUCCCUCCCACACGCCGGCCCACCAUGGCCUGCCCUCCGAGCUGGACGGCUCUGCCGGUCUGCCCCCGACAACCCCGGCCGAGAGCCAGCCGCUCUCCUUACCAGAGGUGUCCACGGUGCUGCUUGACACCAGCGUGCUGCGCUCCAGGGCCCAGCUGGGGAAGAGACGGGCCCCGCGCUCCCGCCCCACCAGGACCGCCCCGCCCCAGGGAGAGGGCGGAGCCACCGACGACUGGCGCUUCAGAGACUCCACAGAAUGUGACGCCUCCAUUUUGUUGACAGAUGAGAAGCCGGAGUUCAAGGAGGACCCUGAGGAGCAGACAAGAGAAGUGGAGCCCCGCGCCACAACCAAUGCAGUCUCCCAGCCCCAGAGGAUCCCCCUGUUCCCUGGGAUGGACCCUUCCGCUCUCAAGUCGCAGCUGAAGAAGAGGGCCGACUCUGACAACCUGGUCGAUGUGGGGACUCCCUCUCCCUCCCAGUUGUCUCGAUCGCCCAAGUCCCCCUUCCUCCCGCGAGCCACGCGUGUGCUGCCCCCUUCUGGUGGUAGAGAGAACGGUUUGGAGGACUCUCCUCAGUGGCUCAAAGAGCUGAAAUCCAAGAAAAGACUGAGUCAGUAUGACUACGACGAUUCUAAAUAGAUAAGAAGGUGGCCUUAAAACCCAAGAAUCUCUGAACGAAACGGAGGCCUUAACCUUUGACCCUGGACCCCGGGCCAGAGAGAUGUUUGGAGUAGAUUCUACUACUGCUGAUGCUGCUAACGCAUUUCUACUCCUUUUUUUAUUAUUUCCGAAAAACAGGAUCAGAUAUUUUUGCACGGUGCCUUUGCUUUCCUUCUCCCCGGAGAGUGUCAAACGGAUGGCACGACGAAAACAUUGAAUAUCUUAUUGCUUCAUCACUGAUUAAUCAUCAUCUUUUACACUUUAUCACCGACCACGACCACAAAAGACGAGCAAAAAAAAGAAUGUCCUGUCCGGCUGCACUCCAGAGAACGGUCGUCUGAGAAUAGCGUGAGCAGCGGCGCCACCCGACAACGCCACCCGACAACGCCACCGACCACCCGGUCGUGCUUCAGUAUUCACGGUUUGGAGGGGCUCUCCAGUCCUCUGCCGGCGUUCAGUCUUCCUUGUAUUCAGUGAGCGUACCGACGGUUGUGGACGUGUUCGUACCUGCUCACUGCACAGAAGCAUAUCCAUAAGCUUAACAUUCCACAUGAUCGGACCCCAGCGCCGCGGCGGAUGUCCCUACCAGCUGGGGGGGGGCGUUGUGCGUUACCCUACUGCUAAACGCUGUAUUUGUAUCGACACUAUUUUUUUGUCAACACUAUAGAGGCCGGCUGGGUCUUCAAUCAUGUAACACUCCUCUACAUUCUAACAAGGCGUCUCGGCGCCACUGUUUAUUUUUGUAUUCUACGGGUUAAUCAUUUUUAUUUUCUCUAUCCUAAGUAAGUUGCGGAAAGAAGUGGCCCAUAUGUGUGUAUGCAUUUACUUUAAGGAACACUGUUAAAAGCUGAUUUUCUUGAGCACUGAGUGAACAAAGGGAAUCCUCUCUGUAAGUCAAUCAUCUUCCAGGGCGGGGAAACUUGAUCCAUUCACUACAUGACGUUCAUUAGCUCCUGCUGCCUUGUUGUAUUCCCUUGGACCCCACCCCCCCCCCCCCCCCCUGUAUCUUUGCUCAAGAGCAAAUCACUACAUCACAUGAGAUGAACCACAUGAGUGAGGGAUGAGACUUAAAGGCCUCUUACGAGACAAAAACAUUCACUCUUUUGAAAAUCUUCAAAACGCGAGAUGAACAUAGUUAGCCCUCCUCCUCCUCCUCCUCCUCCUCCUC